CCGUUUCAUAGCAUACAGUAUAUCGAAGCAGAAUUGACAGAGAGGAGCUGAAAACGGCCAAGAUCCUUAGCAAUUCUUAGGUUUAAUUCCAGAUCUUAGUAAUUUUUAAGUUUAAUUCCUGGAUCCUCAAUCAUUUUUAGGUUUAAUUCUAGGAUCCUUAAUAAAGUUUAGGUUCAAUUCCUAGAUCCUUGGUAAUCUUUAGGUUCAAUUCCAUCAGCAUCUGCCGUUAGAGUCUUAAAUGAACCACCUGCCAUGUUCCAGGCAAACACGAAGCAGGAAACAAGGAGGAACUCUUCAGUGGUAAGAAAACUAGGCAGGUUCCUAAGAUCGGGCUGCUCAUCAUAGGUAUUUAAAACACCGUUAUAAAUUCCCCACCAAGCCUCGGCUGUGCUGCAAAGGGAUUAAAAACCCAAAUACAUUUUGUCUGCGGAGUUGCGGUGAUCAUGGAAACCAGCUUGGUACCUAGAAAUAGAAUUUAUUUAUAUAAAGCACGUGUCAAGAAAAUAAACACCACCAAAUACUUUUAUUGGGGAGAUUACAUAUAAAAAUAAGUAUAAUCUGUGCAAUUAUUAUGAUUUUUAAAAGGGUGCAGAAAUACAUUUAGAAUUAAGAGAAAAUGUGGUUAUGUAUGUAUGUGUUUAUGUAUGCACUCAUCAGCCUGGGGAUUUGUUUCCAGUGCCAAAAUCGGGCUCCCACAAAAGGGUGGGCUCGGUGACCCUCGGGAUCCUGUCCAAUUCUGCAGUUCCGAUUCUAGGAUUCUAUAAAGUGAGUUUAAAAAAGGCACCGGCGCGCUGCUGGCUGUAAACCCUGCUUCCUUCACCCUUUUUCAUUUCAUUUCAUUUCUCUUUUCUUUUCUUUUUUGCAGGGGGGCUGCCGGUUGCAAACCCUCCUUCCUCUGCUUCGAGGUUGGGCGCCCGUGUGCCAGGCGACGCUUUAGCCGCUUGUCCUGCGCGCGGGGUUGGACUAGAUGACCCCGGGAGUUCCCCCUUCCAAGCCUCCGCCACGCUCUCCGCGAUCGCGGCUCUUCGGCGCGCGGUCCUUUGGCCUCGGGGGCGGGGCGUCGGGCGAAGCCCCGCCUCCCCUUCACGUGUCCAGGCUCGUCCCCUCGCCUCGGAUUGGUCGGGCGUCGGAGGCGUCGGCGCGGCUGGGGCCCGGCGGCGAGCUGCGUGGGAUGCCCUCGGCUGCGGGACCCGAGGCGGAGCUGAGGAGAAGUUGGCCGGGGGCCCGAGAGGCCAUGGCGGUCAGUGGGGGGCGGGGGGCACCCCUUACUCAAACGGGGGCAGGGCUGGGCUGGGCUAGCCGGCAUCCCACCCCCCGCAGUAAGGCGGCCCGGCGCCUCUGCCAGGUGGUGGUUUGGCUUGCUCCCGAGUAAGCACGGGCAGAGUGGCAGCCCCUCACAGCUUGGUUGGGAGGGGGCCCGCUUCUGGUCUCUGGGUGGGUGGGACUCGGGACAAGAGCCCUUCUUCACUGUUAUUUAUUAAACUUGUAUACCUGAGGAGGGGUUGGAGGGGGGUGUAUGGGGGUGGGGGCCCGCUUCUGGUCUCUGGCUGGGGGGAGGUGGGACUCGGGACAGGAGCCUUUCUUCACUUAUUUAUUAAACUUGUAAACCUGGGGGUGUAGGAGGGUAGGGGGUAUAGGGAGUGGGGGUCUAGGGGCGUGGGGUAGGGGUUCGUUGAGGGUGGCGUGUAUGGGGUGGUGGGUGACCGCUUCUGGUCUCUAGCUGGCUGGCUGGGACUCUGGAGUGGAGCCUUUCUUCAUUUUUUUAAUUAUUGAAUUUGUAUACCGCCCCUCGGUUUAAAGAUCUUGAGGCGGUCCACGAAGUAGAGAACGAAACCCAUAAUAAUAAUAAUAAUAAUAAGUUUGUUUAUACCCCGCCCUCCCCAGCCAAGACUGGGCUCAGGGCGGCUAACACCAAAUAUAAAAACAAUUGAUUGAACUACAGCUUAAAAACAAGGUUAAAAUACAACAUUAAAAUUAAAAUACAGAAGAGAACCACCAGGUUGGGAAUUUGCAGCCUCAUGUUGUGCGUUGAGGAAAGAGCAUGGAAAAGGAGGUGCUAGGCAAGUGCAUGGACGACACAGGCUUUCCGUGGCUCCUCCUUAGUGUAGCGUAUAAUGGUAGAGUUGAAAGGGACCCCCAAGUGUCAUCCAGCCCAACCCGCUUGUAAGGCAGGGAUCUUUUGCCCAAUGAAUCCGCCACCCUGAGAUUAAGAGCCAUGUGCUCUGCUGACUGCUUUAUGGAGGGGCUAUGUACUACCUUUAGGAUUAGCCUCUGAACAAUGGUUGCUGGGGAGUGUUGUUAUGUUAAUAUCAUCAUCAUCAUCAUCAUCAUCAUCAUCAUCAUCAUUCUGUUGAUUUAUACCCUCCCUUUUCCCUUGACAGGGGCACAAAGCAGCCCUGAAUAAAAUAAGAACAGCAAAAAACAUGGGGGGGGGGGAGGAAAUAAUUAACAAACCAUUAAACAUUAGAAUUAAAACUGUAGGUGUAUUUAAAACAGAUAAUAAUAAAAACGGCAUAGCACCAGCUGUCUCAUUAAAAGCGGUCAGUUCCUCAAAGCCUGCUGGAAUAUGAAGGUCCUCACCUGCCAGCAGAAGGACACCAAUGAAGGAUCCUGCCUAACCUUGCUAGGGAGGGAGCGCCAAAGUUUGGGAGCAACCACCGAGAAGGCCUUGCUUGCGGACUGGAAGUUAGAUGGGACGGGCUUUAAUCUGAUCCAGCAGAACUCUUCUUAUGUUCUUGUGCUUUUAAGUCAGCUGGAGAGUCAACUAAUAGUCAGUUGCUGGCCUUCAGUUGUUCAGCUGCUGCUUACUCACAGACAAGCGGCCUUAUUUCAAAGCCAAUGCCACUAUAUUCUCAGAGAUGCUACAGUGGGAAUAUUGCCACUGCUGUUGGAUGGGUUGGGUCUGGAAUGUUCCGUGAUCUUCCGUUGACUGAUUUCUCAAUACUGAGAAUGGUCAGUAUUUUGUGAGAAGCGCGGCUGAAGAUCUGAUUGUUUCCAGGCUUGAAGAUACCCAUAUAAGUAUUCUCUUGAGAGAUUUACUGCAAAGUAACACAUUCCUCAAGACACGAGGAACAACUUUCUGGUAGUAUUAGCAGUUUGACAGUGGUAAAGAUAGCUUUGAAAUGUUGUAGACACUUUUUCGGUGAGAUUGAUAAGUAUUGGCAUGAGGGAUGCUGUAGCUGUGGAUUUUCUGCACUGACGGGGUUGGGCUAGGUUGCCUAUGAGGUCCCUUACAUUUCUAUAACUAGUUGAAAUCAUGAACAGUUGUCACAAGACUUCCAACGGGCUUAAACAUGUGAGAGGCAUUGCAGGACAUUGGCGUUAAAUUGCAACUUGUUGAGCAUUUUGACCGAUACCAUUUAUGAAAGCAAAUCCUGAAUUGAGCAUUAAAAAUAUAUAUUAUGUCUUUGCUGGCGAUAAUAUGUCCCAUUUAAAGGCUUUUUCUUUUAACAUUGCACUGUUUUCCUUUGAAGAUGCACCCUGUGGUAAAAGCCUUUGUUUGUGGCUCCAUCAGUGGGACCUGCUCUACCCUGCUAUUCCAGCCUCUAGACCUGCUUAAAACCCGCCUGCAGACCCUACAGCCAUCUGUCAAUGGGUAAGCAUUUGAUAUUUCAAGAAGAGACGCUUACGCCCUUGGUGUUAGAGGUUUGGAAUAGAGACAGAAUGAGUACAGAAGAGGGUGAAAAGUGUUUGGCAAAUGAAGUAGGAAAGGUCUUCCAAAAGGUGUUGCAAGACCAUGAGGGGAAAGAGCAUAUUUCAGCCUCAGUUUUUAAUCUAAUAAAUGCAUUUAUAUGGUGGUCUCAGUCAGUAGAUAGCCAGGAUGAUUAAUAAUUAGUAAUUAUGAUUGUGGGCUGUGACUUUGCAAUCACCCUGGCUUACAAUGAGGUUUCCAAACUUAAAAAAUCAUCCCGAUUGUAUGUCUGAGCCAGUCAUGUUUUGAGUGACUGAUCUAGCUAGAACUAUCUUAAAAAACAUGGAUCAUUUUUACUGGAAGCCCCGAAAAGCCAUUCCCACUGAAACAGCAAUUACUCCAGAUACCAUGAACUAAAAUGUAAGCACAUGCCAAAGUAACGUAUUGGCCUUUUCACGUGGUGUUUCCAUAAACUAAUAUGUUAGUGGUAAAUAGAGAAGAAUGGCAGGAUUCAAGCCUCUUUGUGUAUUAAAUGGACAUCGAAUAACUUGUUCAGAGAAGCAGGAAUGGCUUGGUAUACCUGCUCAUCUCUGGAGGGCUUUGGCCAAUGGAAGGAGGAAAGGAUUAUUUUGCAGUGUGUUUCCUGUCAACAGACUUGUGAUUAUGUGUGCCUGUUUUUAACCUCUGAUUGGGUUUUCCUUGCAGAUCAGGCCGUGUUGGCAUGGUAACUCUGUUCUUUAAGGUGGUUCGCACAGAAAGUAUACUGGGGCUGUGGAAGGGUGUUUCUCCGGUAAGUUGCCUAAAUAAAACAGUGUUUUUCUUUUCUUUUGGAUUCGUUGGAGUUAACCUCAUUUGUCUCCUCGUGAGAUGAACACCCUAUUAACAGAAAUAAAUGAACAUGACUAACUUAGUUCCAUUAAUCUCCAUGGCUCUGCUCUGAGUAGGUCUAAGAUUGUAGAAAAUGUAGCCUCAUGUUUAUGGUGUCUUGAAUUGUGAGCCGGCCAUGUAGCUUGAAAAGAAAUGCCGUAUUUUUCGCUCCAUAAGACGCACCUAGUUUUUAGAGGAGGAAAGGGGGAAAGCCCUGUUUUUUUGAGGAUCAGCUCAAAGUUGUUGAGCUUACUUUGCAAAGGGAAAAAAUACUGUUUUUAUGGGGUUCAACUCACAGUUCUGCAGCUUCUUUAGGAAAAGAAAGGGAGCCGUUUCUACAGUUUCCAGGCAGAUAAACUAAUCAGCCAGUCACAUGUCACUGUGGAAACAGCCUCUUUCUGCAGAACAUUCAACAAUGGAGGCCUGGGCAAGGAGGCGGGGCCGGAAAGGGAGCCAGCAGUCGACCACACAUUCGCUCCAUAAGACGCAUAGACACUUCCCCUUACUUUUUAGGAAAAAGUGCAUCUUCUGGAGUGAAAAAUACGGUAAAUAUGCAAUAGAAUUUCCGUUGUGGUCUUACCACUAAAUAUUUUCUCUCUCCCCACUGUUGCCCUUUCAUCUCUUCACAGUCCUUUGCAAGAUGCAUCCCAGGAGUAGGAAUUUACUUCAGCACCUUAUAUAUGAUAAAACAGCAUUUUCUGCUGGAUCGUUCUCCUACAGCCCUGGAGUCUGUUUUGCUGGGUGGAACCUCGCGUACUGUAGCUGUGGUUUGCAUGUUGCCUAUCACUGUAGUGAAAACACGGUAUGAGGUGAGUUUUGUAACCUUUUUUUUUUUUUUUUAAAUGGCUGUACUAGUCCCUCAACCGGUCCAUAUAGGUCAGUUGCUGCCCUUCAACUAUACAGCCCGAGGACACUUUUGUUGUUAGGUGUUCAAUUUCACUUUUAUGUUUGGUUUGCAGUGUGGAAGGUACGGCUAUGAAAGCAUUUAUGGAGCCCUGAGGAGCAUCUAUCGGUCAGAAAGUGUCCAGGGCUUGUUUAGCGGUCUGACUGCAACACUCCUGCGUGAUGCGCCCUUUUCUGGCAUUUACUUGAUGUUCUACACGCAAACCAAAAAGAUAGCACCGUAUGGUAAGGGUGGUUGUAAUGUUGUCCUCACAGCUUCCUGUUCCCGGAAUUUAAUUUGCAGGGUUUAGAUAAGGUACAUCAGGCAUUUUCAACAGGAUCAGGAUGAGCCAUUGAAGUAUUUAUUCACCUGGUUGACCAGAGAAUGAGCUGCAUGACUGAAUGGUGGGUUGACAGGCCACAUUUCAAUAUUUGUAGCAAUGUAAUUUUGCUUGGAGAAUAUUUGCACCAGUCGUUGUUGGUGUACAUAACUGCAGAUUGCUACACAAGAGAGAGUUGGCAGAGUUUUGGAGAUGUGUCAUCUUCUUGUCACCUGAUAAUUGGUGAAGAAUAUUUCUAUGCACAAUUGUUUCUGUGAUUGAAAUUUAGUCAUGGUGGAUGCUGCUUCUAAAACACUCCUUUUAAACAUAGUCCUUUGCCUAUAUAGUCUGUUCUAUGCCUGGUCUCUUUGCAACCCUGUCUUAAGCUUGUUUACUUAAAAGAAAAAAAUGUCUAUUGCAUAAUAGAAUUGCAGCCUUACUCUGCAGGGGGGAAACACCAUGAUGUAAUCUGCUGAGUAAUCUGUUUAGUCAGCUACCUAGCAGUGCCAGAUUAGCACUGAACACUGUAAGGUCCAGGAAGUUACAGCAGAGCACAUUUCUGAGUCAGCAAUGGGAUGAUGCCACAAUGAAGUUGAAUGCCAUUGAAGCUGGCUUGGCAGACACCUUUUACUUUAUUUACUUGUAUGUCUUAAUAGGACUGUGACAAACGCUCAACACUGGUUAGUACUUGUUCGAAAUGUCAGAGCCAGUUUGAAAGCAUGCUGCAGGGAAAUCAAACUAGAAAGUCAUAAGGAUGGUAGUCAGCUACAUUUAAUGAACAGGGCUAUGUUAGGUUCAUUUAUUUCAAUGGGUUUGCUUUGAGUAAAAACUUGCUCAGAAUAGGGCAAGGCCCGUGGCAAGGUUUGGGAGGAAUAGGCAAAUUUGGGUAAGGGGACUGGCUAGUUUUGGGAUAAUUUUAAAGAUACGAUAAGGAAGAUGGAGCAAGCAGCUUUGUAUAUAAAAUGAAGCUAGAUUUAAGUGGGGGAACAGUUAGGCAAAUGUGACAAGUUGCUUAAGGAAGCUGAAAUCUCCUUUUAUCCAAGUACUUUUUAGGUGGAAUAAGUGGCUGUUACUGAGGUUUUAAGUUGAUUAAGAAAGAUUUGGCGUAAGACUUUGUGAUCCUUCUUUUCUCCUGCCGAAAGCUGAUUGUGAAAUGGUUUUUUGCUCAUUCUUUUCCAGACCAAGUGGACCCAGCACUCUCACCUUUAGUGAACUUUGGCUGUGGGACUGUUGCAGGGAUUCUGGCAUCGCUGGCAACUCAGCCUGCUGAUGUCAUCAAAACCCAUGUGCAGGUGUCAUCCGACAAACACCUCCGGAUGCGCCAAGCCAUUGCCUUAAUCUUCAGGGUAAGGUUGAGUUUGCUCAUUAACUAGUCACAUUUUUAUACUGUUAUUUUUUUCUAAGGCAUUGAAGGCUUUCCAGCUAUGUUUGAGGCAGGCGUCUCAAACACACACACACACACACACUGGCGUCAUCGGCUGUUCUUAUUUUUAUCUGUUAGCCUCCUUGAGUCCCUUUUAGGGGGGAAAGGCAGAAUAAUAACAGAUUCUCAGAAACACAGUUUGAGCUUGGAUAAGACUUUGGCCUCGCAGCUUGUUCUUAUCUGUAGCCCCCAAAAACUGCUGGUGAGUGUUCAGCGAUGUGAGCAGGUCUCUUCCCAGAAAGGUGCAUUAUACCACUAUAUCUGACCAUUGGACCUAGAGCUCAGUAUUGUUUAUGUACUGAAAUUGGGAACUUCUACAUACAAACCCUGUUCACACAUUGUGACCCAUUCUCUAGGCUUGCUAUCUCCUCACUCUCCCCUCCAAAACUAUACUGAAUUUUACAAAUAUAUAGAAUCACUGCACAUCAACCUUUUGGACUUAGCACACGUUGUUCUGACUUUACAACUUUGUUUUGGUGUUGCAAAAUUGUGAGAGUGUUGUUUUGUGUAUCCCUGACAUCUUCCUACAUGUAGAGAAAUUGCCCACUACAGUACAGUUGUACCUUGGAAGUUGAACGUCUUGGCACUCGUACGUUUUGGCUCCCGAAUGCCACAAACCUGGAAAUUGGUGUUGCGGUUUGCGAAUGUUCUUUGGAACUCAAACACCCGGCACGGCUUCUGAUUGGCUGCAGGAGCUUCCUACAGCCAAUCGGAAGCCGCGCCUUGGGUUUCUGAACAUUCUGGAAGUCGAAUGGACUUCUGGAACGGAUUCCGUUUGACCUCCGAAGUACAACUGUACCAGGUCUGAAAGAGUACUUUGGCUCUUAAACUGGCAGAGCGUACUUUGAUGACAGAUAUAAUUUCAUGAACUAGCUAAAUUAUAGGAUCUGGAUGUGCUACUUUCAGGUUUUUUUAUCACUCUUGGCUUGCUUUCAGAUAGAAGCAAUUCUGGGCUAGCUCUGCUCUGGGAACAAAUGGUUGUAAACCAUAUCUUUGUCCUUUGGACACACAAUUAAAAGGGAGAAAGAUAACACAACCCUUCCCAAGAAAUUUAUUUAGUUUAGAAAUAUUUCAUUAAGCUAAGGUAUCACCGAAUGAUGCACUUGGGUCUAGAUGCACAAGUAUAUCCUGUUGAAUAAUUCCUAGCAUCGUUCAAAAAGUAGCUAUUGAACAGUUUCUUUUGUUAGGUUUCUAUGCUGAUCAGCUGGACCCAUCCAAAAUGUUUUUGUCUUCGCAAGUGAGAGAAUCUGUCAAGUUCCUUCAUCAGCAUUUGUGCCUAAGCAUUGUUGUGUCCAUAAGGCAAAUGCUUGCCCCCUUUUUUGGCAAGCAUUUGGUAUAUGUUUUGCUUAUCAUCCUGCAACAUGAGAAUACCUUACUUGGGACUCUGAUGUUAUGGUGCAGACACACUGCUAUCUAGGUUAAGGGAACAAGAGCAAGACAUAGGGUUGGCUCAAAGGACUACCUGCUUAAUGAAUGGACACAUGAAUUUCCUUCCUUUCUUCUCACCUGCCUGGCUAGGGUCAUAAUUAUAUUGACCAUUCUGGCUUCUUCCUGCUGUUUCUGUGGGGUGGGUGGAAGUCCUGUUGCUACAGUCGUUUGAAUAAAGACCAGGCCUACUGGCUGCUGUUUUGCUCCUAAUAAUAAUAAUAAUAUUGACCAUUCUUAACCCUGACGAAAAUAUACACAACUCCGUUUCAGAAACCUGGAUUUCCUUUAAACACGCUUCUGAAACAGUUUGAGCACCCCCAGAUUUCUUUCAUCCAGCUUUAGUAAGAAACCCAGGGAAAGGAAUGUGGAGCGUUAACACCUAGUACCAUGUGAUAAUUUUCAUUACGUGAUCCUUGCCUAGCUAAUGCUAAACCCAUAGGUAACAGAGCGAGUGUCUCUUUUUUAUGAUUUUUCAAUUUUAUAUAUUUCAAAAAUUUUAUAAUCAUUUUGACAUUUCAAAACUUGACUUCCUUCCUCCUCUUUCUGCGGUUCCUUAAACUUAUUUUUAAUAUUUUCUGCAUAUCCAAAUUAACUUAAUUUACUCAUUUAUUCAUCUACAUACUUUAAAUAUAUACUCUUAUAAAACUGCAGGUUAUUACAGUAAUCUUGCCAAUGUUCUUAUCUCUUUACAAUUUAUUUGUAAAUAUUCACUAAACCAUUUCCAUUCUUUUAUAAAAACUUUGUUAUCUGGAUUUCUUUUUUUUCUGGUAAGUUUUCCCAUUUCUGCGUAUUCCAUAAGUUUUUGUAUCCAUUCUCCUUUUACUGGGACCACUUACUUCUUCUUUCCAUUUUUGGGCAAGUAACAUUCUUGCCACUGUAGUCAUAUACAUUAAUAAAUUUCUAUACAGUUUGGGUAGUUCUGUCCCUAUAAUUCCCAAAAGGAAAGCUUCUGGGGUUUUUUACAAAGAGGGAGAGUCUCUAGACAGAAUAAAAACCCCUGAUGCAGAAGCAGAUAGGAGAAAAGGUAGCAACUGUGACAGCUUUGGAAAACUUUGACCAUUCAUUCAGGUUUGGGGGUUUUUUCUUAGAAAAUCCUUUAACCACCCUAACCUUUAAUUUCUAACUGAAAAUCAAACUUGCUGAACAUUUGCUGCAGCAUCAAUGUGCCUUGCUGAAGGGUUUGCAUGCUUAAGAGUAACGACGACACUUGCUUCUUUCUCCUGCUACAGGAUUACGGAUUAAUAGGCUUUUUCCGAGGUGCCGUCCCAAGAGCUUUGCGACGAACACUGAUGGCGGCCAUGGCGUGGACUGUCUAUGAACAGAUGAUGUCUAAAAUGGGCUUAAAAUCCUGAGUGAGUUCUGCCGGAGAACAAAGCGGCCUAAUCCAGUUCUUCCACUCGCUGCAGUUGCUUUGUGAAACUGGUGGUCUGAUCCAUAUGGGAGGUGACUUGCACCCGUUUGUGGGGAAACUCCGUCCAAACCUGUGGACCAGGCUUUUAUAAGUGAGACUGAGAGGAGCAAAAUACUGCUCUGGUCACGACGGGAAGAGCAUUCCAGGGAGACUUUGCCAUACCUGUCAUACAAGUGCACAUCUUGGUGUCCAGUGCAUGUGUCAGACGUGCUGCUAAGGCCCACCUUCUUCACAAGAUCCCUUUUCCAGAAGUCCUCUUCAGCCUGAGCCGCUUCCAAAGAGAACACAGGAAAGACUCUCAAGAAAGCGGUGUUGGGGUGGCCGAACCUAGCAUCCCAAACCGGUGACUCCUAAAUUGUGUGCUGACUCUCCUGCCUGCUCUCCUCUUGAGUAAUGCGUUCUGCUUGUACGCCCAGCAAAAACAGGGUAAAGAGGAGAGGCGACAGGAAGCGUGUCUGUUUCAGAGCUUGUCUGGCGCAGUUGGUAAGAAAGAACAAACAGUGCCAUUGGUGGAAAGCAACAGUGGGACGCAGAAAUUCAGCAUUCCUUAUAAUAAGGGCAGGGAGCCUGUAGCCUUCUAGCUGUUUGUUGGACUACAUAUCCCAUCAUCAACUAUUACCAGAAAAAACAAACCUAUUUAUUACCAGUGUGGGCUGAGGCUGAUGGGAGUUGAUAGUACUAAUGGGAAGGAUACAGGUUCCCCAUCCUUGCCUUGUAGGAUUGCUUUAGUGUGCCAAACCCUGUAGUCAGUGAGUUUAAAUGGUUGCCAUUAAGCACUCCUGUGUCUCUUCAGUCUUCCUCUGUGUGCACGAAACAGUGGAAGAACAAAUCUACUUAAGGCACAACUCAGGAGUCAGAUGCUGGGACAAAUCCCUCUUAAGCUAUCUGUUUAAAUGUUGCUGUUAGUCCAGCUGCCUUCAGCAAGGGGGACUGUCCUAUCUUGCUGUUAUUUAGCUUUCUCCUAGCUGAGUAUUGCCUGACUUUUCCCCUUCUUUGCACUCCUUGCUCCAGCGAUCAGCAUCAGAGGCCAUGCCGCAGUUGUCUUUUGUGUGAAUAAAUUAGAGUGGGUGAAAAGCAAACUGGGGACAGAAUGGCGUUUAAAAACUUUGUGUUGUCAUAUGUCUGUACUUUCCAUGUUCAUAAGAAACCUGGUCCAAAGAUCUGUGGCCUUGGAAGCAUGUUGAAAGGACUUGGUGAUCUCUUUGGCCUCUGAAAGGACUGUGUUUAACUUUGGAGUGCUUGGAGAAACUUGUUUUGGCCAUUUAUUUUAUUAUUGGAAGCACUGAAUUUUUAAAUUGCUGAUUAAAAAGAAAAAGAAAAAAGCUUGCAAGCAUAAUUUUCUUUCCAACUUAGAUUCUUCUAGUUUAGUUUUGGUGGUUCCAAUACUUCAGCAGCUAAAAGUUUGACAGUUAUAAUGCCCUAAACAGAUUAGUAGUAAACCUGUGAAUCACCUGCGAGGCUGAGUAAUUUUAAUUGGGCUUAAGACUGACUUUCAAAGACUCAUCUGGCCUUCAGCAAUGUGCAUGGAUAAGUCAAAGCUCUAGCAGUCAGAAAAUGUAUGUACCAGAUGUGAAAAAUCAAGUGAGUCUUCACAACUAAAUAUCUCAUCAAGGUCUCAUGGACUUGAGUUCCAGAACAAAAUUAUUUAUUUUAUUCAUUUCAACAAUAUAUAAAUUGUCUAAAUACAAUAAUCUGCAUGUGGUAUACAACAAUACAGAAAAGGUAUAAAUCCAUUAAAACUAUAAAAAUAAAACUACAGUAUAAAAUCAAACUAUAAAAAUCAAACUUAUGUUAAAAUUCCUUCUGAAGUUUUAAAAAAAUGUCUUCAAUAGGCAAUGGAGAUUCAGCUGGGCCCAGGGUGCCUGUCUGACCUCAACUGGAAGGGAGUUCUAGAAGGUUGGGCCUACAAUACUAAAUGCACGGCUUCCUAGAUAUGAGCCAUGCCUCUGAUGACAAGAUCUAAUCAAUCUGGAGUUUAUUAUAUUGGUUGCAGGGAAAGAUGCGCUCUUGUGUUCUAUACGUGCUCAGUCUAAAGAAGGGAGUGGAAAAUGCAAAACUUGGAAAAUCUUAAAAUGGAAGCCACAUCCAUAGAAAUAGCAACAAAGCCCACAUAUCAGCUUAUUUAUUUGUUUUCAUGAAAUUCAUACACCGCUUGCUUGUUAAAAAAACAUACCUCCAAGCAGUUUAGAAAAAGAUAAAACAAUACAAUUGAGAAAAAUUCACAACCAUACUUCAAAACAAACAAAAGUUGCAAUACUAUAAUAGAUAAAGAUUAUCUCUUCGCAGCCUUCCCUCUCCUAUACAUUGUAUAGAGUGGGGUUGCGCUGUGGAUUUGAACUCGGGGCUUGCUGCAUGUACAGCAUGGAGUCGUUCUCUGGGGUUGGGGGAAACAAAUGCCCAUGAUGUGUCUGAUACCAGUCUCUGCUGGGGGUAUGUGGUUAGGGAACUAGGUGCUGGAGGGCUUAGAAUCCUGGACGUUCCCUCUCUUUUGCUUCUGCUGUGUCUGUUUUAGGCUAUCCAUGCAAAACAUGAAUGAGGCUAUAUUGCUGUAACUGCUCUCUACGUUGCUGAAAUGAGUCAUUGAUUUUGCCAGUUCAUGUGCACCACCCGGUUCAUGUGGUUCAAUCUUAUUUUAAGUGGUGAGAAAAUCUGCCUGUGGUUGUCUCAUAGAUGAAACAAUGGAUAGCUCAGUUGGUUAAGAGUGUGGUGCUGAUAACGCCAAGGUUGCAGGUUUGAUCUCCGUAUGGGACAGCUGCAUAUUCCUGCAUUGCAAGGGGGUUGGACUAGAUGAUCCUCAGGGUCCCCUCCAACGCUACAUUUCUGCGAUUCUAGGACUUCUAUAGCGUUUUUACAUCAAAACAGCCCUAGUGUAAUCAAGAGACCCGUGGUGGUGGACUUUGCAGGUUCUACCUGUGCUUUAUGUGUUCAUAAAUUGCUUAAGUGCCAACCACACAUUUGAAAUGGGAAGGGUUUAAUAGAUUGUUGUAGAACUGGGUGAUCAUGGAGCUGAAUUGGGUAAAGAAAGCUUUAAACACAGUCUGCACUGCAGCUGAUGGUUGCUAGCAUACUGUUGAGGAAACAGUGCUUGCGUGAUGGUAAUGAUGUAUUCAGCUCUUUUCAUCCCUGGCAUUAAGAGCUUCAUGCCAUAUCCUCCGACAUUUCUCCAAUGAAUAUAGGGGCCUCCUACGGAAAAGUGGGACAUUCUGGGAUCAAAUUAAAAAUCCCAACAGAACAGCAACAAGGCAGGCUGGACGCCUUAUCUCGACUUAAGUAUAGAAGCAGAGGCGGCAAGUAAUACUAGUUUUGAGGAUCUGAGCAAACAGUUUGCAAUUAGGAAAAAGUAGGAGGAAGCUUUUCAAAUGUAAAUAAAGUGGAAGUAUACAAAAAUAAUCAUUAUUUUCCAUCUU